AUGAAACUGCUCAAAUACCCACUGGGGGAACACAACAAGACCGUCACAGCGCUGGCGAGCGCCGGCUCCAGGCUGGUAUUAGCGGAUGAGCGAGGUCACGUGCACGUUUGGUCGCAGCAGAGGCUGGCAGAGGCAGCGUUCGAUGGGUCCAAGAUCCAGCAAUUGGGCGUUGAUUCGACGUUUGCGGUGCGGUACGGUCCCGGGCAGGUCGACAGAUCGGUUGUGUUUAUGGUCGGGGACGAGCGAGAGCUGUUUCUUGGCACCGAGCACUGGGUAGCCCGGGUCGGCUCGUGGCUGCAGGGCAGCGAUAUGAGGUGGGAGACGGUGUUCGAGUGCGGGAGCGCGUGUACGAUCACUGACGUGAAGCUGGAGCGCAGCGGCGGGGUGCUUUUCGUUCUGACAAGCGGUCCGAACGGCGUGAAUCUGUUCGACUCGCGUUCGCUCAGGUUGUUGGGUCGAAUUGCGCUGGACUCCGAGGUCAAGCCGAUCACGGGGAUCGUGGACCCUGUGGGCCAGAUAUUCACGGUGCUGGCGUCCGACAGAUCGGUGCUGGUUUACCAGUACAGCGCGACGGGCGCGUUCAAGCAGCUGCAGAGGCUGGCGCAGUGCGUCAAGGUGGACCCGGUCAGGUACAAGAUAUCGAUGCCGCCGCAGGGAGACGUGCUGCCGGUGGUCAACGCGGUGAAGGGGAGCGGCGGGUCGUCGUCGGCGUCGAUUCUUCUGCUCGACCGGAACGAUAACUUUCAGGUGGCGGCGACACUGGUGGCGCCGCCUGCCAACGAAUGCGUGGCUCUCAAGUUCUCGCCGAAGGUGUACGUCAAGUGCAACGCCAAGAAGGGGACCAAGAGCAACUACAACCUGCUGGCGACGUCGGGGUCGACGCAGAACUCUGUGGUCGUGUGGAACACGAAACGUGUGAAGCCGCUGUUUGGAGCCAUUCAGCUCUCUCAGUCUCCGAUUGUCGAUAUGGUGUGGUCUGAGGACGGGCUCAAGCUGUUUGCGAUUUCCGGCGACAACGUGUUGUACACGUUCGCCUUCCAACCAGACGAUCUGGGCGAGACUCUGGCGCCGGGCGAGGUUGAGCUUUUGCAGAGGAACAACAAAAGCCUCCCUCCAUUGGCAGAUCCGGUGAUCGCGGACGAUUCAGCCACUAAGGUGUCGAUCAAGACCGAAGGCGAGAACCUCUGGCCGCAACAAAAGUCGGAUGUCGCCAAAAGUAAUGGUAAAAAGAGCGGAAAGAAGAAGCAGCCUGCGCAGGUUAUGAAGAAAACACAGGGAACAACGAUGGAAUUCAGCGGUCCGUCGUAUGCAGUACCGAAGGAUCUCAAAAUAAGACCGAAGAACGACGCAGCGAAAGGAAUGAACGGUGUGAAAAAGCAGAAAAAAGACUUAGAUCCAAUUGACUUUCUCGAUACUAGUUUGAUUCUGCCGUUGGUGGCCUUUUCUAAAGUCAGAUUGGCAACACCCAAGGUAAGGCUCUCUUUCAAUUACAAGCCGGCUCAGAACCAAAGCUUAACACUAGAAGUCAAGAACGGGUCAGGCAACGAACAAAAACCUUCGAUUGUUAGACUGGUUUCGAAAGAGGAAGAGGGAGAGAAGGUCCUAUUUCAGGACCUUAUACCCAAGUUCAUCACGAUAUGCACAUCGGGCAAUAAUUUUUGGGCGCUAUGUACCAAUGAUGGCUUCCUGUACGUGUAUUCGGACACAGGUAAGAGAAUUCUGCCGCCUUUGUGUCUUGGAAUGUCCUGCAGUUUCCUGGAAGCCUGCGCAUCAUACCUCUUGUGUCUGACCAGUAUAGGGCAGCUCUACUGCUGGGAUAUUGAGAAGAAAAAGCUUCAUUUCCCGGUAAAUACGAUAUUUCCUUUGUUGAAUCCAUCGCUACGUUACUCAGACGACAUUUUAACCAGAGCUGAAAACAUCACCAUAUGUGCGGUCACAGAAAAUGGAGUACCACUAGUCACUCUCAGUAAUGGCGAUGGAUACAUGUUUGACAAAGAUUUGGAGACCUGGCUUCUAAUCAGCGACGGUUGGUGGGCCUAUGGGUCCCAAUACUGGGAUAUGACCAAUACAAACAACCUUCAAGGAUCCAUAUGUCCUGGAGAGAAACGAGAUAGUCUGUGGAAUUCCGGAAACGGUCACCAGCUGGCUUCAACAGUGAGAGAAGACAAGAAGAGCAUUAUCAAUUUCGUUGAGCGCAAGACGAACGAUGAGUUGAACCGUAAGGGAAGGAUAAAAAACCUACAAAGGUUCGCAAGAACCAUUUUAAUGAAGGAGGGUUUUGAGAACAUGGAAGAAAUCGUAACAUUGUCCCAUCUCGAGAAUAGAUUACUCGUUACUUUGAGACUGCAGGAAAAUAGCGAGUUUUCAAAAACGCUAGUAAUAUACUGCAUUAGACUCAGUGAACUUGGGUACACAGAUCGUCUGGACGACGUUUUGUCAUGGCUCUACAAUGCUGGUGACUACGAAAAAUCUAUGUUGGCUGGCAAAUCCAGAAAAGAGCACUUAAAGGAUGUACUGAUAGCGUGUGCUGAUCAAAGGCAUGUACAGAGGAUAACCAGUGGCUAUGCCAGUGCUCUAGGUCUCCUGGAUAAUAUACUUUAA